GCUUUUUUAUUUUCUAGAUUGAAUCUACCCGGUUAUUAUUGUUCAUCACGUGGGGAGGCGUUUUCUACGCUUCAGGUAUAAUGGAUAUGUUUCUUUGCAUUAAUCCCCGGUUUUCUCCUUAGGCCUUCAUAUAUAUAUCGAGCACCACGAGGAGCUCGAGGAGUUCGGAUUGAUAUACUCUAGAAUAAGAGCACAACAUCGUAAGAGUAGUACCCGGCGUCGUUUGCUAGUGAGAGAAUAGAGAACAAAGAAGUGAACGACUGAAAUGAACUCAUUUAUCCCUAUUGCAAACGGGAGCCAGAAAAAUAAGUUUCUUAUAUGUGCUUAUUGCAAAAAGUACGGUUAAAGCCGAAAAUCACGGUAUUGGGUUUGGCAGAAGUACCUGAAUUUUUAUCAUUGAGAUUCUUUAUAUAUAUUUUGCUAACAGAUAUUUACUUUUGACGUUAUAUUUACUGAGUUCAGGUUCCUUUUUUAAAUUGCACUUUUAUAGUUUACAAAGAUUGGAAAAUCGUCAUCUGGUGAAACCUGUGCUAGCUGAUGAAAAAACAACAACAAUGAAAGGUGCGUUAUCUCUUGAGAAGAAUUGGAUAGCCCCAGUUUUUACAACUGGGUUCGAGCAGGGGCAGUCCGAAGAAUAGCGAGCUGUUAGACUGUAAAUCACUUAACUUAGCUAACCAACACGAAAACCAAAAGCACAAAAUAACCAGUACUCAAAUUCUCCACUUCUACAGUCUACUGAUAAACGUUGCACUUUCUUCUGUUUUAGGACGUGUUUCUCAAGUUGGACAUCAGCACAAGUGCCUGCGUCUUACAAUACAACUAAAGUGA